AUGGCAACGGCCAGCCAGGCCCCAAUUGGACUUAAGUCGCGUAGCUCGGGGUGUGCCGUCCCUGUCCAGGCGGUCUAUUCCCGACCUGUUCCUGGCGUGACUCUUCCUCCACUCAUAGCGCGAGCUGCGGACCCCAGCACCGGCGAUCGCUAUCACCCGCCCGUUUCGCAAAUUUUCUCGAGUCGUAAUCUUCCGGCCUUGCAUGAUGCAAGUGUUGUGCGUACUGCGUACAUGGUUCGUGCAAUAGAUAUCGAGGGUGGAGUGUACCAAACUGCUGUGAAGACCCCUGCUGGGAGUCCACCCCCGCUUGGUGCCGGCUAG